UCUGGCCAGGCCCCAUGUUAUUUUUGUUGUGUGGACACAGUCCUGAACCUACCUAUCUACCUGCCUGCUUGGCUUUUCAAGCUUUGAUUGUGGAGUCUUAGCACAUUUUCCCUUUGAGCUCACAAACGGAAGCUCUGAGGCCGCAGUGGGUAAGUGGCAAGUGUCCUGCAGAAAUAACAGACGGACAAUCGGCUAGUCAAGAAGAACCUUGGAUACUCAGGGUGCCGUGCAUCAUGUCUGGCUCAGUACCGUUCUACCAGAAGCACCACCGCCACUAUGACCGUGGCUAUCGUUACCAGUCUGGCAGCAGAUACACUGCUGGCACCAGCAGCAGCAGCAGCAGCACCAGGGGACUUGAUUGGUCCUCACCCUCUGGACUGGACAAGAGCCGACUGAACCCUCUGCCUAAGAGAGCCAAGCCCUCUUACUUGGCUGUGGACAAAGAGAACCACAUCAUUGGCUACGUGGUGCCCCUCUUCAGGAGCAGUCAAGACUUUGCUACGGGGUAUUCCGACGCAGAAGAGACAAGGCUAAGGAACACUUCUUCACACAUGGAGCGCAGAGAUCUGUUUACCAGCGGCCUGGAGAUGGAGAGGUCGGAGCAGGUCUCCAGGAAGGAGGCCAUGCGCGAGUCAGCCGAGCGCAUCUCCUUGAACAAAACGAUCCACGAGCAUGAGGAGCACUUUAAGCGCAUGAAUGAAGACAGCCUGAUGCACGCUCCAGAGUUUGUCAUCAAGCCUCGCUCUCACACCGUGUGGGAGAAGCAGUGCGUGCGUCUGCAUUGCACCGUGAGCGGCUGGCCUGACCCUCGGGUCGUCUGGUACAAAAACAACGUGGCUAUUGACCCUCUGACCAACGCUGGCAAGUACAAAAUUGAGAGCAAAUACAGCGUGCACUCACUGGAGAUCAACAGGUGCGAUUUUGACGACACAGCCCAGUAUCGAGUCUCUGCCAUGAACUCCAAGGGGGAGUUGUCCGCCUUUGCCUCAGUUGUCGUAAAGAGGUUCAGAGGUGAAGUGGACGAGUGCCUGCCUGCUCCGAGACGGACCAGUUUUAAAGAUGGCCCAGUGUCUGAGUAUGGCAUCAACUUCCAAACUCACAUUGUUGAUAAGUUUGGUGUGUCGUUUGGGAGGGAGGGUGAGACCAUGAGUUUGGGAUGUACGGUCAUCAUCAACCCUCCCUUGCACCGCUACCAGCCAGAGGUCCACUGGUACAGAGACGAUGUACUACUGUCUCCAUCUAAGUGGACCCACAUGCACUGGAGUGGGGACCGAGCCACACUGACCCUCACACACCUAAACAAAGAGGAUGAAGGACUUUACACCCUGCGGGUCACCACCAAGUCUGGAUAUGAAACAUACUCUGCCUAUGUCUUUGUGAGAGAUGCUGAUGCUGAAGUGGAAGGAGCACCAGGGGCCCCGCUAGAUGUGGGCUGUCUGGAUGCCAAUAAGGAUUACAUCAUUGUCACCUGGAAGCAGCCGGCGGUCGAUGGCGGCAACUCUAUCCUAGGUUACUUUGUGGACAGAUGUGAGGUUGGAACCAACCACUGGAUCCAGUGCAAUGACACUCCUGUUAAGUUCGCCCGAUUUCCCGUCACUGGGUUGGUCGAGGGCCGGUCUUAUAUCUUCCGUGUGCGCGCUGUCAACAAGAGUGGCAUGAGCCGUCCCUCCCGGGUGUCUGAACCCGUGGCCGCCAUGGACCCAGCCGACCGCGCUCGCAUGAGAGGUACCUCUGCUCCUUGGACCGGCCAAAUCAUCGUCACAGAGGAAGAACCUGCAGAGGGUAUUGUUCCUGGCAGACCUCGUGCCCUGCAGGUGACAGAAGCAACCAAGAAUUAUGUAGUGCUUAGCUGGAAGCCGCCUGGUGAGAAAGGCCUGGAGGGUGUCAUGUACUAUGUGGAGAAGUGUGUGUCAGGCACAGACACUUGGCAGAGGGUGAACACGGAGAUCCCCGUCAAAUCACCUCGUUUCGCUCUGUUUGACCUCGCCGAAGGGAACUCCUAUUGCUUCCGUGUCCGCUGCUGCAACUCUGCUGGCGUCGGCGAGCCAUCCGACCCAACUGAGGCCACCACGGUUGGAGACAAGCUGGACACCCCAGCUGCUCCAAGCAAAGUUGUUCCUACGAGAAACACAGCCACGUCAGUCGUGGUAUCCUGGGAAGCCUCCCAUGACGCUCAAGAGUUGGUGGGCUACUAUAUCGAGGCUAGCAUUGUGGGUAGCAACAUCUGGGAACCCUGCAACAACAAACCUGUCAAUGCGACCAGGUUCAUCUGCCACGGUCUAAUGACCGGAGAGAAGUACGUGUUCAGGGUGAGGGCUUUGAACGCCGCGGGACUCAGUCACUUCUCUCAGGAAUCAGAAGCAGUGGAGGUGAAGGCUGCAAUUGGGGGCGGCAUCCCUCAUGGUGUGUUGCCGGAGAUGGGGCCGGGGGGUAAAGCAGGCCAACUAACCCCGCACAGGCCACGUUGGACGGGCACGCAUGACACUGUCCAAUUCUCCCCUGACACGUUGCAAACGAGCAAAGCUCAGGCUGACCCUGAACACGGGCAGGGGCAGGGGCCCACGGCGGCUAGCUCAGGGCCCUCAGACCCCGCAGAGAGAAAAAACAAGGGGGCAAUAAGGGGCAAUGUGUCUCAGGCCCAGAAUGUGGUAAAAGAUCAUCUCUCACAGUCUGCGCCAGGCUCACUUUGUGAACCACUUACUGACAUAGAAGCACAUUUAGGCUCGUUUCACGCUGAGGUCCAUGCUGUGAAAACAGCCGAUGGCCCCGAGGCUGAGCAGGCAUGUGAGUUGUCAGUAGAUGCUUCUGCUAACCAGGAGACAGCGAGGCCCCACUCAGAGUCAGCAGCGUCCCCUGCCCCACCGUUUGGCAUCACUGUGCUGGAGUGUGUACGUGACUCCAUGGUGCUGGCCUGGAAACAGCCGGCCUUCAUCGGCGGGGCUGACAUCACCGGAUACUUUGUGGAUUACCGUGACGUCAUCGACGGAGUGCCGGGCAAGUGGCACGAGGCCAACAUCAGGGCGAUCAGCGAUCGGGCCUACAGAGUGACUGACCUGAAAGAGAACAGAAAGUAUCAGUUCCAGGUUCGAGCAGCCAACAUUGCAGGUGUCGGCAUACCAUCACUUCCCAGCGACACGUUCCUGUGCGAGGAGUGGACCAUUGCUGUUCCAGGACCUCCUCAUGAUCUAGAACUCAGGGAGGUGCGGUGUGACUCCAUGACACUGCUAUGGAAACCACCGGUGUACCAGGGCCGCGAUCCUGUCAACGGCUUCUACAUCGAUAUAAAGGAAGCUGAAGCCCCAGAGGAAGCUUGGAGAGGAAUCAACACCAAGGCCACAGAGAAUACCUUCUUCAAGGUGAAGAAUCUGAAGGAGGGAGAGACGUACGUAUUCCGUGUGCGAGCUCAGAACCAAGCCGGUGUAGGAAAGACUUCUGACAUCUCAGAGGCGGUCCAAGCUCUGACCAAGCCAGGCACCAAGGAAAUAGUUGUGGAUGUCGAUGAUGAUGGGAACAUCUCCCUGAACUUUGAAUGCGGCAACCUGACCCCCGACUCCAAAUUCCUGUGGUCCAAGAAUUACGAGGACAUCUCAGACUCGUCGCGCUUGACUGUGGAGACCAAAGGAAACAAGUCAAAGGUGACUUUCAGCAGUCCUGGAGAGGAAGACAUUGGCAUUUAUUCGUGUCUUGUCUCUCACACUGACGGCGCUUCAUCCAGCUACACCAUCUCACAGGAAGAGUUGAAGAGGCUGCUGGAGAUCAGCCAUGAUCACAAGUUCCCCACUAUUCCCCUCAAGUCGGAUUUGGCCGUGGAGAUGCUGGAGAAGGGCAGAGUUCGCUUUUGGCUGCAGGCCGACCAGAUUUCGGCCAACGGCAAAGUCGAUUACGUUUUCAACGACAAUCUUGUGUCUCAAGGGGAGAAAUACAAGAUGAACUUUGACAAGAACACCGGUGUGAUUGAGAUGAUCAUGGAGUCUCUGACACCGGCUGAUGAGGGCACCUUCACCUUUCAAAUGCAAGAUGGGAAAGCAACCAACCAGUCCAGCCUGGUACUGAUAGGGGACGUGUUCAAGGAUCUGCAGAAGGAAUCUGAGUUCCAGAGGAAAGAAUGGUUCAGAAAACAAGGUCCUCACUUUAUCGAGUAUUUGGGUUACGAGGUGACACCAGAAUGUUGUGUUAUGCUGAAGUGCAAGGUAGGAAACAUAAAGAAGGAGACCUCGGCACUGUGGUACAAGGAUGGACGGGAGAUCAAGGCAGACGAACAUCUGGGCUUCACGGAAGGAGUGCUCAAACUGGAAAUAGCUCAGAUUUCCAAGAAGGAUGCUGGAGUGUAUGAGGUUGUUUUGAAGGACGACAGAGGAAAGGACACAUCAGCGUUAAAUCUGACCGACCAAGGUUUCAAAGACCUGAUGAAUGAAGUUUUCGACUAUAUCGCUAACUCUUCCACACCUUUGAAGAUCACCAGCACAGAUGAAGGCAUUCGCCUCUACACCUUUGUCAGCUACUACAAUGACUUGCUGCCAGUCACAUGGCAUUACAAGGAUUCGGCCAUCGCCUUCUGCGACCGCCUCAAGAGCGGCGUGGUGGGCGAUCAGCUGUGGUUGCAGAUCACAGAGCCCACCGAGAAGGACAUGGGCAAGUACGCCAUCGAGUUCAGUGACGGCAAGGGUGGCCUGAGGCGGACAGUGGAGCUGUCGGGUCAAGCGUAUGACGAUGCUUUUGCAGAAUUCAAGAGACUCAAAGCCGCUGCUAUUGCAGAAAGAAACCGUGCUCGAGUGGCAGGAGGCCUUCCAGACGUGGUCACCAUCCAGGAGGGCAAGGCCCUCAAUCUCACCUGCAAUAUUUCGGGCGACCCUGUGCCGGAGGUGACUUGGCUGAAGAACGAGAAGGGGCUGACGUCGGACGAGCACUGCAUCCUCAAGUUCGAGUCGGGCAAGUUCGCCAGCUUUACCGUCACGGCGGUGAACACGUCGGACACGGGCAAGUACAGCAUCCUGGUGAAGAACAAGUACGGCACGGAGAGCGCGGACUUCACCACUCGGACGUCCCGAGGAUCACACCACCAGCAUGGAUUCGAUCCCCACUCCCUCCCCCCAGCAACGCCGUAAUCCAACCCUGAUCCAAAUGUUUGUUCACUGGGUUAUUUAUUAGUGAUGUCACUGAAAGACACGUUGACGUGGAAGAAAUCACCUGAAUAAGUCAGCUGCAGCAGUAGUCAUCUUGUAAUACCACUUUGUACCUCAAGAGGUGAUGGUGAGCCCACACAAAUUAUGGGGGCGGGGGCAACUUGACUGUAUGGCAGGGAUGGGAAACUUCCUUUAACUGGCUGGAGUUCUUAUGAGUCACCCAUUGAAGUUAAUCGGGUAUUCGAGUCUUUGUCACGUAAGUCUGUGAAACUGGAGUCUUUGUCGAGCACCUGUGAGUCAGUGAAACUCGAGACCUCAUCGAGCACUUGUGAGUCAGUGAAACUGGAGUCUUCGUCGAGACCCUGUGCGUCUGUGAAACUCAAGUCUUUGUCGAGCACCUGUGAGUCAGUGAACCUCGAGACCUCAUCGAGCAUUUGUGAGUCAGUCAAACUGGAGUCUUCGUCAAGCACCCGUGAGCCAGUGAAACUAGAGUCUUUAUUGUGCCCACGUGAGUCAGUGAAACUUGAGUCUUCGUCAAGCGCUCGUGAGUUAGUGAAACUCGAGCACCCAUUGGUCAGUGAAACCCGAGUCUGUCGACCACACGGGAGACAGUGAAACAUGAGUCUUUGUCAACCUGGGAGUCAGUGAAAGUCGAGUACUUGUCGAGCACUCGUCAGUGAAACUCAAGUCUUUGUCGAGCACCUGUGAGCCAGUAAAACCCGAGUCUUUGUCGAGCCCACAUGAAGAGUCUAUGUUGAGCACAUAUGGGUCAGUGAAACUCGAGUCUUCGUCAACCCGGAAGUCAGUGAAACUUGAGUCUUUGUCGAGCUCACGUGAGCCAGUGAAACUCAAGUCUUUGUUCAGCACCCAUUGGUCUGUGAAACUCGAGUCUGUCAAGCACAUGGGAGUCAGUGAAACACAAGUCUUUGCCAAUCUGGGAGUCCAUGAACGUCAAGUCCUUGUCAAGCACUCGUCAGUCAGUGAAACACGAGUCUUUGUUGAGCACCCGUAAGCCAGUGAAAGUCAAGUCUUUGUCGAACCUAAAGUAAAGACAUUUUUCAAUGGGGUGGCCAAGGUGAGACCAUUACUCACAUAGGGGUGGCAAUAAGUUGAUACCUGAAUUGUCUAGAUGGCCAGUGGGGUGGCUAGAGAGUGACACCCCCGUAGCUGCGCCACUGCUUUUGGACCGUCUAUUAGAGCAAUUCAUAGCUGAGCAGCGUGCUGAGAACAUGUUUUCAACGCAUAGUUUCUGGAUUCUGCUCACCAUCGUAACGGCCAAACCUGCGCAGGGUGGAAAUGGAUGCUGAUCGGCAUUCCUGUUUUAACUCUAGACUCCUUAGUUUACAUGCCCACUCAUGCUUCUACAGGGAGCUUCCGAUAUUAACAGAUUUAUGUGCUGAAUCACGCUUCAGAAUUUAAGUCAAAGUCAACAUAGUGAGAAAACUGGACCGGUACCGACCAAAGUAAUCAUGGAAAACUUAACUACCGCUUGCAGUUCAUGCAAGACGCGGUUUUAUUGACAGCUCCUCCACACGGAAAGUUGUGCGCUGCAGUGAAAUGCGUCCAAGUGGAAACGGAGCUUAGGAUGAACCACAGAGUGAGUGGUCAUGGCCACCCUUGGUCACUCCAUUGCUCCGCCACUGUAUUUCGCUAAGGGACACAGAACACAACAUAUAUAGACGCAUGGCUCUGCAGAACACCGAAUCUGUUACUCGUUCCGUGGUGCUAAUAAAUAUAAACAAAUGUAUUUGUAGAAUUAAUGACAUGUUACAUAGUUUCCUUUUUUAAUGCAGCUAGCAGCAGCAGGGGUGAAGAGACGAGUACCUGUGUGUCCUGAUUUAGCAAGAUUUGACCGACUCGUUUAUGACUCGCACAUCUCUAGUCUUGUAGUCUUGCCAUUGGUUACCAGAACCAGGAAAUGCUAGCUUGUUGUGAUCGGCAAGAGUUGGAACGUUAACGCUUUAUGAAUCAAAUGCGUCAUGCAAGGUAGGUAGCAAUAGACCAUAUAUUUUGCUGCUGACCAAUGACAGUGUCCCUAUUGCUGCACGCCUUUGGUCGUACGUAAAGAUUAGAUGUGAGAAAUGUCCUUAAAUAGCCUUUAAAAUCCUUUUUCGUGGUUUUGGGUGGUAAAGUCUGACGCCAUUGGACUUGACAGGUAAGCAGUGGAACUCAUUCUUUGCCUAUUAUGUGAUUUUUCUUUUCAAAUAUUCUUUUUUUAUACAUAUUUGUUUUGU